AUGCGAACACCUUUCUACUCUCUCCUCUCCCGCUUUCGCUCCGAAUGCCUGUUCCAGCUAGGCAAUACCUUUCAUUCAUACCCCGACGGGUUCACGCAAGUACAGCCUCCAAUCAUCACCUCAUCCGAUUGCGAAGGCGCAGGGGAAACCUUCACUCUAGCACCGCGCGGUACUGCGGUGGCCGCAGACGGGAGCGACAACAAUUUUUUCCGGUCGCCGAAGUACCUCACCGUCUCGUCACAACUACAUCUUGAAUCCUAUGCGGCUGAGCUGGGUAAUGUCUGGACUCUCACUCCCGUAUUCCGGGCAGAGAAGAGUGAUACGCCACGGCAUUUGAGUGAGUUUUAUAUGCUCGAAGCCGAAGCAAACUUCAUGUACGAUUUAGAUGCUCUCACUGAUCAGGUCGAGCACUUGGUCCGCGACUUGACCCGCCGCUUGUACGAGACUCCUGUCGGCCAGGAGAUUCUUGCACAUGGAGGCGAAACCGAGCCGAUUACUGGCGAGUCGCAUAAAGAUUUUGAGAAAAGACGUGCCGACAACGUCGCACAUCUCCAUAAGCGCUCCAAGAAGCGGCUCUUACGGGUGUUUCUUUUGAGCAUGUCCCAAUCUGGGACAGUGGUCUACAGCUUGAACACGAGAAAUACCUGGUUGAAAAGAUCUUCGAGAACUCCCCCCGUGUUUGUUACCGACUAUCCGAAGGCUGUGAAGCCUUUCUAUAUGGCUCCUUCGGCUGAAGAGACUAUCGCAACCACGACAAGGACCAAUACGGUCGCUUGUUUUGAUCUACUCUUCCCUGAGGUCGCCGAGGUCGCGGGCGGCUCUCUACGUGAGCACCGUCUGCCAAAUCUCAUCCAGAACAUGCGGGAGCACGGUCUAAUCAAGAAGACCCCGGCUCUCGAUGAGGAUGGGCACCCAUCCAAGCACAAGAAAGACAAGGAUGUCUACCCUCACCUCACAGCAGAUGAGGACCUGGGACAUCUCCAGUGGUACGCUGAUCUUCGACGGUGGGGAUCUGCGCCACACGGCGGGUUUGGCUUGGGAUUCGAUCGAUUCUUGAGCUACUUGUCCGGAGUCUCCAGCGUGCGCGACGUGGUAGCAUUCCCGCGGUACUUCCGACGGGCUGACUGCUAG